UGAGAAACUUAUUUUUUUUCACCAUCAAAGUAAUGACUUAGUAUCUACAAAUAAUGAGGUAGUAUCUCAAAAUAAUGACAUGCUAUCUCAAUAUAAUGAGAUCGUAUCUCAAAAUAAUGACUUAGUUUCUCAAAAUAUUGAGAUAAAUAUAGACUUUAUUUACUAAUAAUAAUAAUAAAAUGUGCUGGGGUAUAAGGCUGGUACUGUAUGUUCAGAAACUAUUUUAAAAGGUUUUUAUGAAGUGUCUCCUCAAUCCACGCCCACUUCAAAAUGCUGUGCUAUGAUUGGCUGAUAGUUUACCCUCCCAUCAGCCUUCAGCACCAUCACCAUAACAUCAUGAGCAGAGGCUGCAGUUGAGAAAGACACACCUGAGAGGAGAGAGAGAUCACAACAGACUCAUUGACCGAGCUCUAAACAUCAAAGCAUGCCGUCUGUCUGCGCGCGCGUGAGAGUGGUAACGUUACUUUGAUAAGCAGGAUGUCUCUAGGCAACCUCAGCAUCCACAGCUACCUCAGCAACCACAGCAUCCACAGCUACCUCAGCAACCACAGCAUCCACAGCUACCUCAGCAUCCUCAGCCCGGAGCUUCGGCUGCACGCGCAGCCCACCGACGCGCCGCGCGACGAGCAGCUGGCCCGGGUGGAGAUCGCGCUCCUGGGCGUGAUCUUCAUCACCGCCGCGCUCCUCAACCUCGCGCUCCUGCUGCUCCUCCUGCGCCGCCGCCGCGAGCGCCGUGAGCGCCUCUCCCGCAUGCGCGUGUUCGUGCUGCACCUGUGCGUGGCUGACCUGACCGUGGCGUUUUUCCAGGUGUGCCCGCAGCUCGUGUGGGACAUCACGGACCGCUUCGUGGGUCCUGACCCGGUGUGCCGGUUGGUGAAGUACCUGCAGGUCGUGGGCAUGUUCGCGUCCGCCUACAUGAUCGUGGCGAUGACGGCGGACCGGUACCGCGCGGUCUGCGACCCCAUGGCGCAGCUGAGGCGCGGGGGUUGGCGCGCGCGCUGCUCCGCGCCGGUGGGCGCCGCGUGGUGCGUGGCUCUGGCCGGAGGGCUCCCUCAGAUCUUCAUCUUCUCGCGCGUGCAGGUGGCUCCGGGGGUCUUCGACUGCUGGGCGGAAUUCGCCGAGCCGUGGGGGCUGCGCGCGUACGUCACCUGGACCACGCUCGCGGUGUUCGUGGUGCCGGUGGGAGUCGUGCUCGCGUGCCAGGUGUGCAUCUGCCGCACGGUGCGCGCCAGCGUGGAGGCGCGGCGGAGCGUAGAGGCGCGCGGACAAGAGAAGGACAAGGAAAAGGAGAAGGCGCAGGCGCGCGCACCGGGGCUCUCCAGAGCGCGCGUGAAGACCGUGAGGAUGAGCGUGGUCAUCGUGUUCGCUUACGUGGCCUGCUGGGCUCCGUUCUUCACCGUGCAGCUGUGGUCCGUGUGGGACACCGAGGCGCCCACUGAGUCUGCUACUUUCACCAUCCUGAUGCUGCUGGCCAGUCUGAACAGCUGCGCUAAUCCCUGCAUCUACCUGCUCUUCAGUGGAGAUCUCCCCAAACCACAGCUUUGUUCUGGACACAAAGAGAAGAAGUGCUCAGUGUCUGAAGAGGCCACUAUACUCAGCUCCGUCUACCUGAGCUUCAAGAGCCUCUCUGACUGUAGGUAAAAAGAAAGAAAAGCCUGGAUGGGCGACAGAUGAUGUAUUCCAACCAUUCAGAGGAAAUGUAAAAUAUAAAACAUGAAACAUGAUGUAAAUAGAAGCUGUUAAGGGUAAUUAUUUGUUAUUUUGAACCUUUCCACUUAUUAGUUCCAUUUGGUCAAUGUGUGAUUGUGUUUUGUUUAAGUAAAUAUACAGGGGUUGGAGAAUGAAACUGAAACACCUGGUUUUAGAGCACAAUAAUUGAUUGUGGUGACGGACAGUUCUGGUGGAAACAGGAGAGUUGAGGUGCACAUUGAAUUCUGCGUGAUUUGAUCAGCCGUGGUUUUAUGUUUUUUGGAUACAAUCCGGGUUAGCACCCGAACAUCCCUUUCAGACAGCUUCCUCUUACAGCGUCCACAGUUAGUCCUGUUGGAUGUGGUUGGUCCUUCCUGGUGGUGUGCUGACAUUACCCUGGAUACCGUGGCUCUUGAUGCAUCACAAAGACUUGCUGUCUUGGUCACAGAUGCUCCAGCAAGACGUGCACCAACAAUUUGUCCUCUUUUGAACUCUGGUAUGUCUCCCAUAAUGUUGUGUGCAUUGUAAUAUUUAGAGCAGAACUGUGCUCUUACCCUGCUAAUUGAACCUUCACACUCUUCACGCUCUUACUGGUGCAAUGUGUAAUUAAUGAAGAUUGAACACCAAGCUGCUCCAAUUUAGACAUGAAACCUAAAAUCCCACACUAACAUGAUGACAGGUGUUUCAGUUUCAUUGUCCAAACACUGUAUUUUGUGUGGCGCAGUGGAUAACACCACUGACUUUUUGUCAGCUACCACAUCAUGUGGGAGACUGGGGUUCAAUUCCUGAUCUGGGUGACUUGAUACAGUGUUACACCUAUAAGAGUCCUUGGACUAGACUCCUAACACUACAUUGUUCCACUUCUGUAAAAAGAAUAACCUUGUAAAUGUAAAUAUAUUAAUGGUUUGUGUUAAUGUACAUAUUGCACUGUAAGACUGAAUGUGUAUGAACGUGUCUUAAGCACAGAUAAAUCCUCAGGGUUGAAUGAAAUCUUACAGUAUUUUUGUAUUUGUAUUAUUAUAUUAACUGCAAAAAUAAAAGAGACACUUAAAACUGA